CUCGUUGCUGGAGAUGAGGUUAAUUUCAUUCCGCAAGUGGGGGUCGGGCACUUACCGUGCUUCUAUAAAACUACCCGUGUCGACGUUUGAGCAGGCAGUUGCUGGUCCACGACAUUACGUCUCGACUCAAUUCGACGGGGUUUGCCAUCAUUUUUGAAUCCGUAAACUGUGGCUACACCAUGUCUGACUUGAUGGUUGCUUCUGAAGAGUUCAAGGAGUCUAAUCCCAGCAAAGAUAAGAAGAAGAAGAAGUCGCUUAAAACGUCCGAGGGAAAGUCCAAAAGUUCGAGCAGAAAAUCGUCGACCGUUUUACCAGCGGAGAGUGAAGAUGCGGUGGUUCAAAUCCAGGAACAAGAAGAGAUCAUUCAAGGAGAAGUCGCAGCUGAUGAUUCGUCGCACAACAAUGGAACGGUCGAGGAAAAACCGGAUGUUGAAACGUUGUCCAAAGUACAGAAAAAGGAUGUGAUCAUGCUGCGGGAGGCGGACUUCCGGAAAUUGGCUGAGCUGAAGGAGGCUUUCCACCUCUUCGAUAUUAAUCGAGACGGAUACAUCGACAAAGAGGACUUGAAGUUCACCUUUACCUCGAUGGGGAAACCGGAUGUUACUGAUGAAGCACUCGACCAAAUGCUCAUCGAAAUGUCGUCUAGUGAUGUCGACUUUGAUGCGUUUGUUAAACUGUUUGGGUACAAAGUUGUGGAAUUGGACCCUGAAGAAGAGCUGCUAGCAGCAUUAUCGAAGUGGGAUUACCUCGGCAACGGAAUGAUAUCUGAAGAAAGAUUGAAACGCGAUCUUCAGGCCUGGGGUGAUAAAUUUUCGGCAAAAGAAGCAGAGCGUGCCCUGGAGGAAGCGCCGUUAUACAAAAAGGACGGGGACACGUUUAUAGACUACGUGAAAUUCUGCCAAGAUAUUUGCGGUCUUCGCAACGUUGAAAAGACCAGAGACAUUGAAAAGGAAGCGGAAGCUUAUGGAAGAGAUUUAGAAUCACUCAUGAAAUAGCAAUGAUACCUUCAAACAACAUUGUUAAAAACAUAGGAUUUUAUUCAUAACAGAUGCGACCACCGUUCGGUUUAAAUUGUAGGUACGUACGUUAACGUACUUGUGACCAAUAAGUACUAGGUACAGUGAUUUAAGUACUCCAAUUGCGGUCAGCUGUAAUAAAGCGUUUGUCGAA